AUGGCUUACUUUACUCAGUACUCUUCCUCACCCCCUUCAGAGCGUUUCAUCGUCUCCCAGCCCAGCUCACCAGCCCAGCCAGCUACAUUCGAUGAUGUGGAUGACUUUCUGUCGUCCGAUUUGGAUAUCUCGUUUGCUUCGACUAUGUCCAUCAACUCUGCUCCUGCGUCCCCGACAGCCACUGCCGGAUGCGAUCUCUUUCUUGACAGCACCUGUAAGAUGGAGACGUCGUCAACGAAUAUCACGCAACGCGCUCCCCCAACAAAACGUUCAAAUAAUGUCUUUGGGCCUCCUUCGUCUCCGACUCGUCCAUUCGGUCAAGACUUGUCGAAUACGCUCUUGAGCUCGUCACCCUCCCUGAACUUGAAGGACUCAACGCGACCAAGAAGUAAAACAGCGCUUCCGCCCAUUCAGCGACCGUUAUUUGCGACCCAGAAGUCAUCCAGUCAAGCUGUAAACCUCCGCGCGAGAGCGCCUCUCCCUGGCUCCUGGCUUCAUGUGCCUACGCCGUCAAGUAGGACGAAUACACGGGUCAAACGGAACGGGGCUAUCUUCUCGCAAUCUCCGGACCCUGUUCCUUCGGGUCCGAUAUAUAGCGACGUCGAGAUGAAGUCCCCUGGCCAAUCCGGCUUGUCAUCACUAGUGCCGAGCUCUCCGUUUGUUCCGCAGUCAGCAGGCAAAAGCGACUUCUCGGCUCUGUUCUUCCACCCCAGCUCUCCAGAGAAUUAUUCUUCUCCUUUGGGCGCCCGCCAGUCCGUUGACGGUGUUCCAAGGCGCAAAAGGAGAAGUGCUGAUCCGGAACCAAGUGAAGAUGACACACAACACGCCGGUGUUGGGUUAACUAACAACAUCCUUUCAUCGUCUCCACCACCGUCGCCCUCUCACAAACGCCCCAAGCCAAUGUCCUUUGGUCGCACAGUGAGUCUCGGGGGCCAAGGCACUUUGUUCAGUACAAAAUAUCAACAACAAUUGGACGCGCCUCAACCACUCGUUAAAAAAGGCGUCCCAAAGCGACCCACCCUAUCAGCUGUCCUUCCCCUCAAUAACCGCGCUUCUUCUGCCUCCAGUGUGCCAAUAGAGAAGCCUCUCAUCUCGGCACCUCCUACUCGCCGCGCAUUCUCUCAGGUUCUUACCAGUCGUGCUUGUGCUUCAUCAUCUCCGGCUCAUAAUCUUGGAGAGGAUAGCUUUGAGCUGACUGAAGAGGAAGCCGAUGCCAGCUUCGAUAUGAACUCUCCCGCUCACCGAUCACUCAUUGCUCGCAAGGAGAAUGUUGGCCGAUUGGGCCACCACAUGCCAAGUCCUUUGGUUACUGGGAAACCUGUUCCCGGUCUUCCUGGUUUUGGGGAUUGCGAGGCCGAUGGGAAGAUCCUUCCGUGUCACAAAGUGAGAGAAGAUGGCCUCAUGCGCAUUACCCCUAAAACGCUUCAUGACCUAAUACAAGGUCAUUACUCGAUGCAAAUCGGAUCAUACAUCGUGAUCGAUUGCCGUUUCGAUUAUGAGCAUAAUGGGGGGCAUGUAUCUGGGUCCAUCAACUUGAACACGAACGAUGCGAUUGAUGAGUAUCUCCUUGGCGAACGCAAACCUGCACCAAGUCGGAGUGGAGAUAAGAAUGGCAAGAAGACAAUCCUGGUCUUCCAUUGCGAAUUUAGCGUGAAGCGAGCGCCUACCUUGCGUCCAUUGUUCUCGUCCAGUGCAAAGCAUUUACGUUCUAAGGACCGUUCGAUGAAUGGUCAUGUUUAUCCAAACAUCCAUUAUCCUGAAUUAUACAUCCUUGAAGGAGGUUACUCCUCCUAUUUCAACAGGUUUUCUGACUACUGCUUUCCAAGUGCUUAUGUGCGCAUGGAUGAUCCAGCCUAUCAACGAGCUCGCGCGACAGAGUUGAAUGAUUUCCGUCGUGGGAUUCGUGCCCGAUCAUUCACAUAUGGAGAGCAGCAGCGCCUCACAGGGCAACAGCAACAGCAGCAGUCCGCCUCCCAGCCGACACGGCCUAUUGACACCGAUGCUGGCAGUGUUAUUGGAUUAGGCAAGGGGUACAAUCUUUCAUUCGCAGCGGCUAAUGCAGCAUAUGGACGUCGCGGGGGUCAUCUUACAUCUAAUGGUACAGGGACUUUGUCCACAUUGCAGGAGGAUGGAGACUCGAGUUGUACGAGUGAGCCUGAUCCGGCGGACAGCCCUUGUCCUCCUUCCAAUCGUGUCAAGUUCACUGUAAUGGCCGCCGGACAGAAGCCGCGCGGAAUGCAGCGAGCUUUGACUACCGCCCUCAUCAGCGCUCGUAAUUGA